AUGGCAAUCCCAAGUGAACAAAUACCGGAUGCCGAUCCAUUCGUUCCCCCGGGACAAAUAUUGCAGUUCAUAACGCAGACAGGCAGCAAGGCGACCGAUCGAUCAGUGUUGAGGAAAGUUCGACAGCAUGCGAGAAGCUAUGUCUCGAAAUCCAAAGGAGCAGAGAAACGCGCUCCGUUGUUGAAAUUUAAUCUCGUUGUCCCGGAAUCGUUUGGCUCUUCCUCGUCAAGUGGAUGUUCGACUCCUGAUUCUUCGAGUGCCUGUUCGAAGGGUAUUGAAGGAGCGAACUUUCUUGAUCAGUCUGAGAACCUUGAAGUCCCAGUAUCAUCUCGAUUUCCAUAUGAGACAAGUGGUAGAGCAGAUGUCAUCGAUUAUGAACAGAGUCAAUGUUCGUCAAGUUUAAGCUCACCAUAUCAUCAUGUGCCCCAGACAGAUAUUGAAUGUCAACAAACAAGUGACCCUCAAGUCAAAGCAAAGGCCAGGAUCCAGAGGACGAGGAUACGGACAGGUUGCCGGACUUGCAAAGCUCGACGUCUGAAAUGCGACGAAGCAAAACCAGCUUGCAGAUACUGUCUUGACGCUUCUAAAGAGUGUCCAGGUUACUCGAAGACUCUUGUACCACCUUCAUCAACGCGAGCACUUGCACUGAAGAAGAGUACCUCUGAUAUAGUCUCAUACCAACCUUCCAGUAGCCUGCCAUUCGAAAAUAACACUGAAGCUCUUUACUUCAAGGUCUUUCGAGAGGAAACUGCAGUCGAAUUGUCUGGUGUUUUUGCAUCCUCUUUCUGGAAUCAAGUACUGCUUCAAGAAGCACAUCACCGGCCGUUCGUUCGUCAAGCUCUCGUUGCAAUUGCCGCCCUCAACAAAUCCGUCAAGACCUCUCAACUUGCCAAAUUGCACCCCGGUUCAAAAGCAACAUCCCAUAAGCAACGCGAAUAUGCGCUGAGCCUCUACGGAAAGUCGCUUCGCGGCAUGCAACUAAUACCUCAAAGCGAAAGUCGACAUGUCAGAGAAUUGGUAAUCGCGAUCCUCCUGGUAUUUGUUUUUGAGACCAUCCAUCAACAACCCGACAUAGCAUUCUCCCACGCCCUGAUUGGUGACCGUCUCAUGUGUCACUUUGUCGAAACAACGCCACAUCCCGUCCCUCAGAAUGAUGGUAUAUCAUCACCCGCAACACACAUCAUUGAAUCCGAGCUCUUGAUGACAUUUUGUCGUUUCGAUACCCAAAUGAUCACUUUCGUAGAUGUUAGAAGUCAGUAUGUACACAACAUGGGCAAAAGAUUGAGCCGAAGUACAGUCAAGGAGAUGCCAGCGAGCUUUGGAAGCUUGAGAGAGGCGACUCUAUAUUGGGAAGUCGUGAUGAGGAGGACGGGCCAUUUCAUACACUCGACCUCGGCCAUCAACGGCUCUGCCGUCUUUGCGCGAGAAUUCUCUCACUCCUUCCCUGGGAAGACGUUGGAGAUUAAUGCUCAAACCUCGAUAUAUGGCUCGCCCUACAUUGUCCCAGACUCCCUUCGAUUAGAACAAUUGAGAUUUGUUUCCGAUAUCGACCGAUGGACGGCUGCCUUUGACCCGCUAUCGCAACGUCUCCAACAGAACCCAGAAGACAUCCAAACAACAACAGCGAUAACGAUUCUCCGCCUCUACUCACUCACCCUCAAGAUCAUCGUCAUAGGCACAACUUUCACAGAAGAAACCAAAUACGAUCAAUUCCUCCCCCAAUUCCGUGAGAUGGUAUCCUUGAGUCGGAUUAUCUCUCGAAAUCUCCUCGAAAUCACACACCAGCAACCAGCGUACCAUUUUCACUUGAGCAUCGUGCCUCCACUUUUCACGCUCUUGCUGAGAUGUAGAGACAAGACGCUGCGAAGAGAAGCGGUAGAUAUACUGAGAACCUCUCGGUAUGAUGGACCGUGGGAUCGGUUUAUGAUUGCAGCUGUUGGGAAGUGGAUUAUGGAGGUUGAGGAGGAGGGGGAGAGAGAUGGGGUGAUUCCUGAGGAGUCUAGGGUGAGGCUUUCGAGGAUGUCGAUGAGUAUGGAGGGUAGAGGUGUUGUGAUUCAGUGUGUGAGGAGGGGUAGAGAUGAUCAGUUGGGUGGGGAGCUGGGACUUGAAUGGGUGGAGACUAAGUUGAGUGGACCGUGGGUAUGAAUGACCACCGUGAGAUGGUUUAAGGUUCAUGAAAGAUCCUUCGACAAAAAGAAAGGAAAGAAAAGAAACAGGGAGUGGCUACCUGGCAAGAUAUUUGUCACGGGCAGUGAUGAGAGGAAAGUUGAUUUUCCCAUCACGACCCUUCAUCUCGGUAUCAUGUAUCCCUACUUUGAGUGCUGCGAAAUGCAAUUUAUGGCAGGAAAGAUCAACAGAGUACGCGACCUAUAUGUGAUGGACAGCACAAGCACCAACACAGAGAGCCGUUCCUUCCCGAGAGCAAGUUUAUAUGAAAAUCGCCAGAUCCUCAGCAAAUACCACGCAAAAGAAGAAGAAGAGGACAAUGCACCGAUUCUACC